AAUAGCAAUAUUAUUUGCACCUGGAUCAGACAGUAUCAGUACUCUGUUGUGUUAAUCAACUUUGAUUUUACCACCAUUUAACAAUGCUUAAGGUAAUAGCAAUUUUUAUGGUAAUCGUCGUAGCCCUCUGUGUGGCACUUCCUGAUCCUGGAUAUGGCGGUUACGGUGGUUAUGGUGGCUUUGGUGGAUACAGAGGCGGCGGUUAUGGUGGAUAUGGGGGAUAUGGCGGAUAUGGUGGAUAUGGUGGAUAUAGAGGGGGGUUCGGCGGCUACAGGGGUUAUGGUGGCUAUGGACACUACGGAUAGUUAUUAGUUUAAUUAAUUAUAUGUUUUUAAGAUUUAAAAAUAAACAGUGUAAAUAAUACAAA